AGAAGGAGGGGAAGAUUUUCUGCUGUGGAAAGAGAAACCUGUUUGAUCCCCUGAAGGGCAAAAAACACACACCCACAUUGUCAUCUCCCUCCCAUAACAAGGCUGGGCCUUUUUUUUUUUGGCAAGGGCAGCCUUAGCUGUCUGGGACGCAUUCUGGCUUGCCCACACCUCCGCCGCUGAGCGCAUUAGGACUAGCAGGGAGAGCACUGCUCCAGCCACAGCUGUGAGGGCGGGAGUACUGUUAAAUGCUCGAGGACACCUUUGGAGAAGGGACCCACUGCUGUUGAGGUUACGAUUAUACCAGCUAGCACAAAACUCUGAAUAUUGAGGAAGGAGGAAACACAAACCAUGCUGUCCCUUGGCGUUGUGAAAGAUGGCGUCAUUCUACCUAGUGAUGAGGAUCGAAAGAGGAUCAUCACCCAGAUGAAAGUGCGGACAACACUGAAAGGGGAUAAGAGCUGGAUUCAGCAGAGAUCGGACCCUGAGGAGGAGCAGAACCACAGCCCAUUGCAUUCACCAUUGAGGACCAGGGGCACCACUGGGAAAUCUCCUGCCUCACCGAAGAGUUUGUCACCAACUCGCAGAUUAGCCUUUGAUGAACCACCUUCCCAAGCAGAACCACAGUCUCCAAAAAGUUAUUCCAAAAAAUCUCCCAGUGCCACAUCACCUUCUGGGUACCUCAUCAGAGGGGUUUUCACCAAGACCAUUGAUAAGACUACUCCUUUGAACACAGCAUCCAAUGGCUCACAAAAGAGUGCCAAGAGCUCCAGCCUGCCCCGCUUCAGUCAAGGGCACAAGAUGAGUACUGAGGAGUACAAGAAACUUGCUCCUUAUAACAUCAAACGAGAGCUAUCCGAACCAGGUGACGUGGAGCCUUCCGUUUCCCCAGAUGAGCAACAAAAGAGAACUGAAGCUGCAAGCAGCGUGCUUAGGAGAACAGCCAGCAGGGAGCGCUCCUAUGUCCUUUCAGCUGCUAAGAAAAGCAAUGGGCUUGAUCUAGAGGAUGACACAGGCCCACGCUCCAGAAGUCAGACAGUACCUGCUUCAGGAUGGUUCAGCCGUCGUGGGAAGAGCAGCACCAGUGGGGAAAGAAUAAGCACUUCAGGAUCCCCACGAAGUGAGACAAGGAUGGUGAAUGCUUCUUCUAGCACAAGCUUUGAUUCAGGGAACAGCGGAAACCAAGCCUCCAGUUCCUAUUCUGAAUCCUUGUUCAACCAGUUCAGUUCUUUGGAAAACAGUAACAAACUGGACCAAGAGAGUAAUCAGAUGACUUCCUGGAACAACUCUGCUCCAAAAUCUCCUGAAUCUCCUUCACAUAGAAGUGAGAAGAAUGAACGAAAAUCCAAGGCCACACGAAGUGCUGAAACACCUAGUGCCGUUAUUACUGAGGACAGCUGGGAAACAAGAAAGCCCAAAAGUACAACUGUGAGUCAAACACCUCCACACAUCGUCAUCUCCCCAGAGGCGAACCCAAAUAGCAGGCCCACCUCUCAUUAUCGAACCAGAGAUGCUUUCUCUACACCUGAGACUUAUCUUCAGUCCAUGGCUGGAGAACACCUGCGUGACAUAGAUGUUGGCUCCCCAAGGACUGGCUCUUUCAAUAGGGACAGCACCGAUACUCCUUCUGGAGCAACGUAUAGUGUUCCCACCCACUUUGACAGCGAUGGGGAUGCUGGCUCAAAAAGAUCUUUCUCUGACUUUGAGAAGAAGGCUAUGCAAGAGAUGGCAUAUGAGAGUCCAAGUGACACAGAAUACAAAAAGGUGGAAGCUCAUCUGGCAAAAUCUGGUUCAUGGUCCAGUGAAAGCAGCCUUAGUACCGGCAUCCAAGGCGAACUCCUGAGAGCUGCCAAAAGGGAUGAGUCAGAGCUGGAAAGUGCAAGGUCCAGUUCUCUCUCUAUGGAGAGUGGCGUUGCCACUCCGGAAAGCCAACAGGGAGAGCACGGGUCAGAUUCGGACACAUCAAGUCUCUCCAGGGGGGUUACUUUGGGCAUGUCAGAGACAAGUCAUAGGAUGCCAACCUAUAUGGACAACCCCAGUGUGUUGGAGAGAGAUCACAAGAGAUCGCCAUAUCUGGAUUGCCAACCCAACAAUACCAUCAGCUCAGAGACUAGGCAUGGAAUGUCAUCAUAUCUGAGCAACCAGCCAUCCAAUGCCAGGAAGUUGGAGAUCAGUCAUGAGAUAACAUCAUACCUGAACAACCAAGCAUUCAACAGUGGAAGUAUGUCCUACUACCCCUUCAGAGAUGGCCCAAUAACUGGCUCCCCAAGGAGCCACAGGGUGCCUUUCUAUAAGGACAUUUGUGACACAGAUAUCAGAAGGAAUUCAGAUGAGAGGGCUGCGGCAGCUUCCUCUCGGCUUAAGAAUCCUUCGGCCUCUGGUUAUGACUCAGACCCCACCACAUCAAGCAAAGGCCUUCUCUUCGUGAAGCAAUCAGUCAACAGCACAGAGUUGUCAUCCUCACCACGUUACAAUAGUCGCAGCCUGGCUGAUUUGUCUGAACUGGAGAGGACAAGCUAUAGCAGCGCCAGCUUUCUGAAUAGCAGCCCCCCAAAAAGGCCAACUGAAGACAUCUGCACUUAUUGUGGCCGUGAGAUCCGUAACUGUGCUAAGAUUACCAUUGAGAACCUCAGAAUCUGCUGCCAUGAGUACUGCUUCCGGUGUGGGAUUUGCCACAAGCCAAUGGGAGAUCUCCUGGAUAAAAUCUUCAUUCACCGGGACAUUGUCCACUGUGAUAAGUGCUAUGAGAAGCUCUUCUAAAUUUCCAUUGGCCAGAAGAGCCUAACCCAAGAGAAGACCAUAGCCCACGUGGGCCAGGAUGAUUUGACUGCCUUCUGACCAGCGAACAUCUGUUCUUCCUCUUCUCUUAUGUUACUCUUCUUUAGCCACAUUUUCCUAGGGAAAGCAAUUCACACUCACUCCUUUAACUUUACUACCUACAUUCAUUCUGAUAAACUCAUCCAAGUGCUAAAGUGAAUGAGAUGCAGAGGGGGAGACAGGGACAAUGUCCCUAUCUUCCAGAGACAACCCUUAUUUCCUGGUAUUAAUCUCUUUAAAAAUCCUGUCUCUGGUGGCUAAGUUAUACAAUGUUACACCAGGCAAUUGUCAUUCUGCAUGUUCCAAUGCAUUUCCCCAUCAGUACUGGGGGGGGGGGGAAUCCAGGUUAUUUAUUGGGGGGUGGAGGGUAGGGAGCAGGUUUGUUGCACGAGAGAGCUGAAUCAUAUUUAUUUGUGCCACCUGAAUUUGCUGAUACGUUAUUGAAUUCCACCUGAAAAAAGUGACAGUCUGAAAACAUCCUAUGUUUUGAUUUUGGGGUGCUUUUAAACAAAAUCAACAUGGAGACGUGCACACCUGGGAGGGUGGCCAUAUGUCCUAGAAUGCAACUUUCUGUUUGAAGGACUGUCUGAUUCAAGCUUAAAGGAAAAGUACUAUAAGAAGGCAGAUCUGCAGAAGCCUUGAAGUAGCCUAUCAACAGCACCUUGACAGCAGAACUGAGCAGGUACAGGUCACACAGUCUACCCCAAUAUGCUAUAAUAUUUCUAUUAUAUUAAUUAUUUCUAAAUUUGUAGCUAGACAUACAAAUGAGCAUGUGCAAAUUGUAUGCAAAUCUGUGACCUGUUCUUUUUGUGCACGUAUGAUGCAUUUCCUCUUUUGGAGCUAUGUGGAACUGGCCACCCUUGGCACAUACGGAACGGGCAUAGCUCAGUUCAAACAUGCCUUGUAUGCAUAACAUUAAACUCUGGCAUUUCCAGGUGUUUUGUUUUUAAAGGAUCAUGAGCAACAGGGGAUUGAUAACAUAUCCCAAGAUCCUGGACAAAUACUGCCAUGCAACAGACAUUUACUGAGCUAAGAGGACCCAUAUCUCUAUUCAUUAUAGGACAGCUUCAUAUAUCCAGUAAUGAUGUAUUUCAGAAAUGAAAUGUUGCUGAAUGUGUUUGAGUUGCAUUGUAGCUAAUAUGUAAAUGCUCUCAGUUAUGUUGUGGGUUUGAAUAUUCUUAAGCUUUUUCUUCUUUUAAAUAAAAACUGCUCAACAGGUUAUUCACAGGGUAAAUGCAUACAGAUGUACAGCUGGCAGGCCUACACAGUGUAUAAUAGUGACUGCAUGAAAGGCGUUCCCUUGUCAUCAUUCUUGGUGUGAGAAUAGGGUUGUGUGCACAUGAAUGUCCUUCAUCAUCAUGAAGUAGUGAGUGGUUGUCUUUCUCUCUCUCUGAAAGUACAUAGAGCUGAAGGAGGAAGUGAGAAGAGUGACAGUCUUUCGCACUUCCUUUCAGCUCUAUAUGCUUUUCAAGACUUAGAUUAAUUCUACAGGAUCUGAAUUUUAUCAGAUCCCUUGGAAAAGCUUAGUACAUGUAUGUAAGCUUUUUUCCUCUGUCACUAGGGGUGAUGAUAUUUGGGGAUAAACUGACCGUGGCAGUUACUCAAAAAUCCAUAUAGUAAUUUGGAUAUUAUUAUUUUUACAAGAGACAUUGCGGUAGGAGUUUAGAGAUGAUCACUGGAGAAUAGUGUGAGGGUUGUAUGCCUGCCUGGCUGAGAGGGCUCCAGUAGAAUAUUAGUGUUUGUUGUGGCUGCUAAUUAAUAAGACCACCAUUUUAACUCAACAUACUAAACUUAUUACAGGACCUAAAAAUAGUGGUGACCGUUUUAGACUCUAGACUUGUCUUCUCAUGGGGGGCUUUUUAGAUAGUAAUGUCUAUUCCUUCACUUCAAAGAGUGGUUUGCUAUUUCCCCUUCUGAGUGAGACCCUCUACCUCUGCCCAAAAGUACUGUCAGGCACCAGGGUGUUUUGGCUGGCUCAUUACAACAUUAUGAAGCAAAUAUGUUAUGGCUCAUCCACACUCCCCUUUGUGCCUCAUUUCUAGGUACAGGUCUGGUCUCUCCAGGUCAAGGUGAUUUAUUCCCUCCCAGCACUUUCCCCAGGAAAAUCUGCAUUUUACUGCUGAAUUGGAGCAAAUGGCAAUAAGAUUUUCCAGAUUGCUGUUUGCUCUGAUUCAGUAGUAAAACACACAUUUGCCCGGGGAAAGCA